AUGGCCACUACUCAAUCAAUUGUUCCUAUUUCAAAAUAUGACGUUGAUGAUCGUAUUGAUGACUACUUUGCUCAAUCAACCGAAGACGAUUUUCAACAACAAACAUUUAUUUAUCCUGAACAACAAAAAAUGAAGUCAACAACUGCAAAUAAAAGUAAAGCACGAAAAAAUAAACGAUCAGAUAAUCCACAUGCACCUAAACGUAUUCGAACAGCAUAUACAAAUAAACAAUUAUUAGAAUUAGAAAAAGAAUUUCAUUAUUCAAAAUAUUUAUGUCGACCAAGACGCGUUGAAAUAGCAUCAACGCUUUUACUUACUGAACGACAAGUCAAGGUUUGGUUUCAAAAUCGUCGAAUGAAAUAUAAGCGACAACUAAUGCUGCAAGAUCCAAAGUUAGCCGAAGAAUUUGAAGCUAAUGAAAUUCAUGAAGAUGAUGCAAGCUUAGAUGAAGCCGAUGCUGCAAGUCCAAAAACCAUGGAACGUUUAGUACGGCCAAAACGUAAAGGAAAAAUAAAAGAGAAUAAAUGCGCAUCACAUUCAUGCAGUUCAAUUAAAAAUGAUCCAUGGUUAUACAAUCAACACGACAUUGAAUCAUCAAAACUUCUAGAAAAAAUAAAUCCAAUUGAAAAACUUGAUUCAUUGCCUGAUCAACAAAUUCAAGCAUGUUCAACAUCACCAAAAAUGCCUAAAAUCGAGCAAACAUCAAUAAUUUCUAUUGACGAAUGGCCGCAUCAACAACCAUCAUCAACUAUGAUAACACCACCGCCAACAAUAACAACAUCAAGUUGUGAUUCGAUCAAUUGUUCAUGUUGUGAUUAUGAUGGGCAACUCUAUCCAUCAUCGUCAUCGUCAUCAUCAUACAAUUCUCAUUAUUAUUCAUCAUCAUCAUCAUCAUCUCAACAAGCAACACCAUCUCAACAUAUGACCGUAAAUGUACCUGUUGUAGCUAAUUUCCAAGUUAAUGUUAAUACAACACAUCACGGAUAUCCAUUAACGAAUUCAAAUAAUAAUCAUCAUCUUCAUUAUCAUGUAUCAAGAAAGCAAAAUAAUUAUUAUCAACAGCAGCAACAACAGCUACCUCCACCACCACCGAUACAAUCACAAUCGCCAUCACUUUCUUCAUACUAUCGUACUGGAUAUCCAAACUCUAUGAAAUAUAAUCAGCCACUACCACCACCACCACCACCACCACUGACAUCAAUAUAUCAUCAACAACAAUAUUCUUCACCAUCUCAAACAUUUGUCGAAAAUAAUAGUCAUUUUCCAAUGUCACCAUCUUAUCAUCAUGAUAUGGCCUAUGGUCAUCGACAAGCCAAUACAAUUGCAUAUAAUUCUUCGAAUAUGAAUCAUCAAUUAAAUGGACAUAUCUAUCAUCAGUUAUAA